AUGUCCCUCUUCGGAUCAUCACCGCCAACGGAGUCUCCGUCAAACACCUCCGCCGCUCCCUCGAGAUCAUUGUUCGACGAAGAGCCCAUGUCCAAGUCUGGUUCUAAUUCCCUCUUCACCGACGAUGACUUCGCCGGUGCUGAAGGCUCGCCUUGGGACAUGCCCACUCCGAGAAAGCAGCAAUCCCGCGCCGACGUCGUCCGCAAUCUGCUGCCGUCAUCCGACGUCCCCGAUGCCUACAUCGAGACCUUCGACACGGUAGUGCGCGACGAUGGCAGCGCCGGGCGCGUCAACGCCGGCGGCAUCGCCAAGGUGUUUGCUGCCGCACGUCUCGGAGCUGACCAGCAGGCGCAGAUCAUGUCUAUGGUUGUGCCCGCUGCAGGUGGCGAUAUCGCCAUCGGACGCGCCGAGUUCAACGUCCUCUUGGCUCUCAUCGCUUUGGCACAGGAGGGCGAGACAACCAGCCUCGACACUGUCGAUGAGCGACGCAGAAACCUUCCACUCCCCAAGCUUGCCGGCCUGACUGCUGCUCCGGUGAUGCCUCCCGUCUCCGAGCCUGCUGUCGUACCUCCUGAAGCUCCUAAAACUCCCACCCCCGAACCUGUUGCAUCGCUGCCGAAGCCAAGCACCCUGCGCCGACCUCCGAUGGACUUUCCCGAAUCCGACGACCCAUGGAAUUCCCCCGAUGUGCACAAGGGUCAUGCCCACGCUGCUGCUGAAUCCCCCAGCAGACCCAACGGCGCCAGCCCCCAGCGCCCGGCCGCGAACGGUAAUGGACACAGCAAUGGCAACUUUGGCACGUCGCCGAGCACUGCCAUUGCCGGCCGGACCAUGUCUUCCUAUACAACUGCGACCGUGGGUUCCGAGACGGCAUCCAAUCGUCAGAGUAUAAACACUGGAACGUCCCCUGGCGGCUGGGGAGGCUUCUUCGAUGGCAACACCGCGGGAGGCGGUUUUAACGAGCCUACCUCCAACCCGGUCACAAGUCCCUUUGGCGGUGCCGGUGGCGAACGUGAGCCGACUGAAAAUACCCCGAGUGUGCCCGCACUACGGACCGGUACGAGUGGGCGGACUGGAGCCGGCGUCGAGGAAAAUGUUGUCGUCACUUUGAUGCCGGAGAAGGAGGGUCUCUUUAUGUUCCAACACCACAACUACGAGGUUUCCAGCAUACGCCGUGGCAGCAAGGUCAUUCGCCGAUACAGCGACUUCGUAUGGCUUCUGGAUUGCUUGCACAAACGGUAUCCUUUCAGAGUACUGCCUCUACUGCCGCCAAAACGUGUUGCCGUCAAUGGAAACCAUUUGUCCAACGAUGGCGCCUUCAUCGAGAAGCGCCGCAGGGGCUUGGCAAGAUUCCUGAACGCCCUCGUCCGCCAUCCAAUCCUCAGCCAGGAACAGCUCACCAUCAUGUUCCUCACUGUACCUACUGUAAGUUGCUACUUUGACCCCACAGCGCCUUACACUGACAGCGUCAGGAACUUUCCGUAUGGCGCAAGCAAGCCACCAUCUCUGUCCAGGACGAAUUCACUGGACGUGUCCUCCCGCCUGGGCUCGAGGACUCCCUGCCUCCUACCCUCGAAGCCUUGUUCGAUAAGACUCGAUCCGGCAUCCGGCGGUCGGCCGAGUUGUAUAUCAACAUCAGUAAUAUCAUGGAUCGUUUGGUAA